AUGGCUCCUCUACGACUUUUAAUCAAGGACGGCGGAUUCCUCGACCAGCACGGGCGCCAGAUCAUACUCAGAGGCAUCAACGUUGCCGCCGACGCAAAGUUCCCGACAACCCCAGACGGGCGGUCACACAUAGCCAAAGAUUUUUUCGAUGGAGACAACAUUGAUUUCAGAGAACGUCCGUUCCCCCAAAAUGAAGCCCACGUACAUUUUGCCCGGCUCAAGCGAUUUGGCUACAACACCAUACGAUACAUCUUUACGUGGGAGGCUAUCGAGGCUGCCGGUCCAGGGAUAUACGAUGAGGAAUGGAUACAACACACCAUUGAGAUUCUCAGAAUAGCCAAAAACUAUGGCUUCUAUGUCUUCAUGGACCCUCAUCAGGAUGUGUGGUCGCGAUUCUCUGGAGGCUCAGGCGCCCCAAUGUGGACACUAUACGCCGCAGGUCUCAACCCUGAGGCAUUUGCGGCAACGGAAGCUGCCAUCGUCCACAACACAUACCCGGAACCAGCCAACUUUCCCAAGAUGAUCUGGUCGACGAAUUACUUCAGGCUGGCCGCCGCCACCAUGUUCACGCUCUUUUUUGCCGGCAAGGACUUUGCGCCUAAAUGCAUAAUCGACGGGGUGAACAUCCAGGACUACCUCCAAGGCCAUUUUAUGAAGGCCAUAUCCCAUCUUGCCAUGCGCAUACAUGAGGCUGGGGACAUUGAGAAUGAGGUCGUCUUUGGAUGGGAGACGCUCAACGAGCCCAACAAGGGCAUGAUUGGAUACGAAGAUAUCAGUGUCAUCCCCAAAGAGCAGGCUCUGAAGAAGGGUACCAGUCCAACGAUAUGGCAGGCCAUGCUUACUGGACUUGGCAGGUCCACAGAGGUCGAUACUUGGGAUAUGGGUAGCUUGGGUCCUUACAAGGUUGGAAGGACUUUGGUAGAUCCCAAAGGCGAGAUUGCAUGGCUGCCUGCAGACUAUGAUGAGUCUCGCUACAAGUAUAAGAGAGACCCUGGUUGGAAGCUCGGCGAGUGUUUGUGGGCUCAGCACGGAGUCUGGGAUCCGGCUACAGAUAAGCUCUUGCGCAAGGACUACUUCCAAAAGAACCCAAGGACUGGAGAGGUCAUUGAUCACCAUGCCUUCACGAACACCUACUUUAUGGAUUAUGCCCGUGUGUAUCGUGACACGGUGCGGCAGCAUCACAAGGAAGCCACCUUCAUCCUUCAGCCUCCUGUGCUGGAGCUUCCGCCAAGCAUCAAAGGUACUGCUGACGACGAGAACAACAUGGUGUAUGCGCCACACUAUUACGACGGCAUUACACUCAUGACCAAGAGCUGGAAGUGGUGGAAUGUGGACGUCCUCGGAGUGCUACGCGGACGCUAUCUGAGUCCCGUAUUUGCUAUUCGUGUGGGAGAGACCGCAGUGCGCAAUUGUUUCCGUCAGCAGCUCGCAGCCAUUCGCCAGGAAGGCUUGGAUUAUAUGGGCAACCACCCUUGCAUUCUUACUGAAUUUGGAAUCCCCUACGACAUGGACGACAAGGCUGCGUACAAGAGUGGCAACUAUUCAAGCCAGUCGGCUGCUAUGGAUGCCAAUCAUUUUGCUGUUGAGGGGGCACCUAUGGAGGGCUACACUCUAUGGGUCUAUUGCGCCAAAAAUGACCACGAGUAUGGUGACCAGUGGAACGGCGAGGAUCUGUCGAUAUAUUCGCUCGACGACAAGCCGCUGCCUGUGUCCGCCCUACCGCCAGCUAUGGGUGAAAUUGGGCAGUCGACGGCCAGUUUGGUCAAAGAGAGCAGCAACCAGGAAGGAAAGCUAGAGCAGAGUGGGGUAGAGGAUGGUACGCCAAUCACACCGACGAAUCUUCGGCAGACACUCACCUCGCCGUCCAUCUCGGCAGUUCCCAGUUCGACGGCCCCUGAGAUCAAAAACACACCGGGCUACCGCGCCGCCGAGGCCUUUGUUAGGCCCUCGCCAGUGGCUGUAGCGGGAAGCAUCUCCAAGUACGGGUUCGAUCUACACAAGUGCGAAUUUCACCUGGAAAUAAGAGCUGCCAAGGCCGUCCAGACCUCAGGCGAGGGCAACCCGACUAUCGUGUUUCUGCCAGAGUAUCACUUCCCCAAGGACGACUGUGUCGUUGAGGUCUCGUCAGGCAAGUGGGAGAUUGGCAGCGAGGACUCGGAAGGUGCGCUUGUACAGCGCUUCCGUUGGUGGCACGGUGAGGGCGAUCAGAGCCUCAAGAUCAAGGGUGUGGUCCGGACACACAACGUGAGGGAGGACGGGACCGGCGCAGAUGGGGAUGCUGGAUACUACCAGGCGGUACAGACUGUCGUAUCCCAGUGCAGCAUCAUGUAG